AUGGACGAAUCAUACUACGACGAAGCCGCGGACCCGACUUGGUUCGAUAAAAUGAACAUAGCCGAUAAACUAGAGCUUUACGACUUGAACAGGCAACAGCAAAGGCCGCCACGCGUACGCUCCAAUGUCGGUUCAGGGCCAUUUUCUCAAUAUCGGAACACCACCGCAUCCGGGUUUUUGAGCCCGAUCCAGAAUACUCCAGCUGCCUCGCAAUACGAUAUUAUGCUCGAUAAAAUGGAUGCAGCCGAAAGAGAAACAUACUUCGGUGGAUACAGUAGAGAGCCGAAGCCGCCAUAUGUACAUCCCGACGCCAAUUUCGUGUCGUUCUAUGAAUAUCGCAGCAACGACAUCGAUGGGUUCAGUUCGGAUGGCAAUACCCUGGCUGCGUCUGAAUACAAUAACUCGUUUGGAACCAUUGAGACCAGUACUACGUUUUGCUCUCCUAUCGAAAAUUUAAACGAUAGUAUGGGAACUUGGCCGAGUUUCAGUCCUAGUGCGGGUAGCGUUGAUGUCAAUCUUAUCGACGCAAUUGUUGGCGAGUUUAGGAACAGGAGUUCGAUUGUAUCAGCACGACCUAGUCCAAACCUAGCUCCACAGUUCGAUCUCGAAGACAUUGAAGGGUUGGAGGCAUUAAGCGCCGGCAAUUCUAGGGAGGUGGCGAAAGUAGCCGGCCUGACGGAGGGAACUUCGUCAUCCUUGUACGAUAACUUUGGAAGGGAAAGGUUCAAGAAAUUGAAGCGGUCCGUCGACAAGUACAGCGAAAUUUUAGAUGCGUCGGGAUCGGAUUCGCAAGAGGAUCACGCGGGAGAGCGAACUAUUUCAGCAAGUCGAGGACGGGAGCGCCCUCGAAUCGAAACAGCCUUCGACAAUCGACAGAAUCCUCAACCAACUAGAAGUCGCAGGACUACCGGUUACAAUCGUGAACCUGCGCAAAGGGAUCCCCGCGUGGGUGGAAAUUCUAUUCCACUCAUCAAUACCAUCCCACCCUCCCAGGGAAACCAUGGAGGUCAACGAACAAGCAACACCGAUAAACAUCCUCGAAAACGGACCCGGCAUGCUCCAGCGUUCCGACAGCUUGAACCCAAGUCUGGACCUCAUCACGUCUCAUCCGUUCCUGAUCCAGCUCACCCAACGCAGCGAGAACCUGUUCCUCGCCCCGCAAAUGGCGAGUUUAAAUGCACCGUAAUCGGUUGCACAAGGCGGUACAACAGGAGCGAAAAUCUUUGUCGUCAUCUUAGGGUGGACCACCGCCAUCCUAAGGUUGACUAUAAACCAAGCGACGUACGUUUGAUGUGCCCAGAGUGCGGGGCGAUGCGUAGUGGCGGAAGGGCGCAAGAAAAUAUGAAUACUCACAUGAGGGACAAGCAUGGGUUUAUCUCUCAUGUGUGA